AUGUGUCGGAGCGCCUCGAAUCUCGAUGGGGGGGGCGGACUUCUUCUGCUGCUCAUGUGGCCCAAGCUGGGAGGCUCAGGGUCUCGGGGUGGCCGUCCAGAACCCACUGCGCAGCAGCGGGCGGCCUCGCACGCCAUGAGGACCUGCUCUUUCAUCGUGCUGCUGAUCCUCCUGACUCUGAUCACGCUGGCGGCCACGACCUCGAAGUACUGGGUCCACUGGCUCUCCGUCACCAUCAUGGUCGGGAUGCUCUUCCUGGCCAACCUGAUGUUCAUGGACGACAGCGCGUUCGUCUUCGACCCGCUGACGAAGAAGGUGGACCUGUGAGCCCCCCGCGGGGCCCGCGCGCCCGCGCAGGGCCGUCUUCAGCCGAAGCCUGGGGAGUAGCGCGAGUCGUGCUUCGGGCUCUAAUUGUUUAGCUCCAGACGCGCUGAAGACAGGCAGGCAGAUGCGGCACAGCACGGGCGCAGCACAGCAGAGAGCGGCGCCUCAGCUCCCUGCGCUUCACCUCUUCAUCCCCCUCCCUCUCUCUCUGUCUCUGUCUCUUUCUCGACCUCUCCGCUUCUUCUUUUGCCCCGAGGUGCUCCCCAGCAGUUUUGCUUGUGACAGCAGGGCUCGUUCGUGCUGCAGCAUCUGCCGCUGACACACCGGAGGCUGGCAGCGAGCGGACGGGAAAGCGAGACGCGCAAAAA